CCCCGUCCCGGUCCCGGUCCCGUCCCGCAGAUGGAGCAGAUCCAGCGCGCCAACCGCCUCUACUCCUCGGACACAAUCUUCCUGAGAGCCACGCUGCUCAUCCCGGGACAGCGCGACACGCCGGGGGACAGCCCUGGGGACAGCCCCGGGGACACCGCCGGGGACAGCCCUGGGGACACCGCCGGGGACAGCCCCGGGGACAUUCCCGGGGACACCGCCGGGGACGGUCCCGGCCCCUCCCGGCGCGACCUCUCGGCCUCGGAUUUCCUGCGGCGCUUGGACGCCGAGAUCGGCCGCUGCAAGGAGGCGGCGGCGCGGCGGCUGCGGGGCCCGGGCGGCAGCCCCGGGGGUGGCCCCGGCCCCGCGUCCCCUCGGGGGGCCCGGCUGGGACCCCGGCCCCUCACCAGGACCCCGCGGGCGGCCGCGCUCAGGGACAGCGAGGACGAGAUCUUCACCUUGUGACAUUGGGGACAU